GACUUGGAUGCGCUGCCCUCCGGAAUUCACACCCUCGUUGGAGAGGAGGGGGUGCAGCUGAGCGGAGGGCAGAAGCAGCGCGUCUCCCUGGCGAGGGCUGUCUACAGCGGUGCCGAGGUGGUGCUCCUCGACGACGUGCUGUCUGCCUUGGAUGCCCACGUCGGCCAGCAUGUCUGGGAGAAGGCUAUCUGCGGGGCCCUCGAUGGGCGCACGCGCAUCCUGGUAACCCAUCAGAUUCAGUAUUGGUCGCACCCCGCGGUGACCCGGAUCCUCAUGCUGCGAAAGGAUGGAUCAACAGAAUUCUUAGGCACUUACCAGGAGCUGUGUGCUGAGCCUUCGCUUCAACUGCGCUUAUCCCCUGCACGGACCGGGUCUUCAACACAGGAGGCCCCGGCCGAGCCGCAGCCGUCGGCAGACUCCAAGCCGACCCCUGCGGCCCCAUCCCGGGAGCAGAGUGCCCAAGAGACGAGGCGUACCGGCCACAUACUCCGAGACGACCUCCUUGCUUACGCCAAGGCCUGUGGCGGCUUGGGUGGCGUGUCAGUGAUUGCUGUGCUGAUGGUG